ACUUGACGGGAGGUCGGGAUGGCUGGGAAUGGGGGCGUUCCGGACGGAAGUGGUCAGAAACAGCUGUGGCGAUCUCUGUACCCGCCUCCUGCUCAGCUGCAAACGCCAGGGUCUCCUGGUCUUCGGCGCGGUGUCACCCUCUGAAACGUUUCCCCUUUGCCCAGGCAGGGACAGUGCUCGGUCCGCAGCAUGCAGACACCAUGCUGUGACACCACUGCCCCACGGACCCUUCCUGUGCGGCACAGGCAGGGUGAUUCUCCCCGGGUCUGCGGGGAGCAGCAGCUUUGAAUCCUGAGAUCCUUCUCAGUGAUGGAAAAGUCAUCGCUUUAAUUUCUCACAUGAGAUUUUUACUCUCAACCAUGUUAAACAUAAACAGGACUCGUGGUCUCACAACAUUGAGGAAUGAGGUCGCGAAUCCGAAGAAAGGAGUUAGGAGGGAUUUUAUUGGAAAUAAUAAGACUAGCUCCAUGAUUUCCAGAAGUGCCCCGACUGAGCGGCCCUGUGGCCGGCCUCUCCAGAGUUAAUUAUAGAUAAGCAGAGCCCUUUACUGUGCUCAGUUGGUUAGUGACCACCUAUCACCGAGGGCUCUGGAUUUAAAACAAUCUUUUGAACUCUAAUCCAUUUCCUCAACAUGAAGUUGUUAAAACGAAACUGGCAUUUUAGAAAAACACGAAUAUUUAAGUUAGUUUCCUUAAAAUUUAGAAUGCUGAGAACUAUUCAGGGAUGUUAAUAGGGUUGCAGAAAUCAGUAACUACGACCAUAAACUUCUGCAGACAUCAAAUUGUUAGUGUGAUAGUAAAAAGGUUGUAUGUUUUCUUGUUCUGAGAUUGAAUCAAAAGUCACCAGCCUAAAGAAGCAAGAAUUUAGUAGCAGAUAAAUACUUCUUCUGUGGCUACUGAUUAGCCCGCGUAAUCAUUUUUGAGGCAAAGUUAGAAAUUAGGGAACCGGUAUUGUUUUAGGUUUAAAAACAGGGUGGACACCUUGAGUGAUGAAGAACGGAAAGGGGUUUUUCUUGGAUACAAAAGAUUUCAAGGUGUUUGUUCUUUUUCAUUGUACAGGAACUGAAGUGAGAAAAUUUCCCCUGAGCUAAAUCCUCGCCCUGGGAUUGUUUUGUUUUUUAAUUUUUCUUUUUUUUGUCUUUUUCGUUUUUAUCGGUACCAGGGAUCGAACUCACGAUUACACACUUGCAAGGAGGGCGCUUAUGCCGCUGAGCCCAUUGUUUUUUAAUUUUUAAAAACAGAUAUCUCUGUAUUACCCAGACUUUGGAGAAAUUUUAAUAGUUCCCACCUCUGACUAUUGGGAUCUCAGAUUUGUGCUGCCUUAAAGAAAACAUCACUGAUGCAUGGUGGUGCAUACCUUUAAUAUCAACCAUUCGGUAAAUUUAGGAGUACUAAAUUACCAAGCCCAGCCUGGUUAUCUGACCAAGAUCCUUUUUCAAUAUGAAAUAAAUACUUUGGGGUGUACUUCCACUCAAAACUAACGUCUAAUGUGCAUGAACUCUUGAGUUAAGUUUCUAGUAAUGAGAAAAUGAAAAAUUAUUUAGUGUAAAAUUUAUUUUUAAUUUUGAAAUUUACACAUUUUUCACAGUAGUCAUACAUGGUACAUUACUUCCUCAUGGUGGUAGACAGAGCAGUACUGAGUCACUGCACUGUAGGAAAGAGAACACAAGCUGUAAACAAACAGUGGUUUACAGUGUACUGUAUUCAGUAACAUAAAUGAGGUUUAUAGUGUUGUUUUGUGAAUUUGGCUUUGUACUACCUAAAUUUGCCCAAAUAUAGAUCUAGGUAUGUGUGUUGAGCAGGUUUAAAGAUUCCAAGAUUUACCUAUGAUGUUUGCUUAUGACUUUCAGUACAUUUUCUGUUCAGUUCUGACCUUUGAGUUGAUGAAGAUAUUUUCACUUUCACAUUUGAGUAGCAUCUGUAGACUCAUUCCCUCAACUCUUCAUAGACCAUGACACUCACCAGAUUCUGUUUUUGAAUGCUGUAUUAGUUUUUCCUGAGCAGCUGAAUUCUGAGAACAGCAUAAUACUGUUUGGAAAAAGGAAAAAUACUCUUGGGUUUUUGGUUUUGUUUUGUUUUGAUUUUUAAAAUUAGUAUUAUAAACAUUUGCCUGACUGGUUAUAUUUUUUGGAUUACAUCAUCAGGAUAAAGGGGUAGGAUGGAAAUUUCCAAUGAAAAGACACGGUUGAGUAGUUAGAAACAAGACACUAAUCAUAUGCAAUGUGGAAGGGAAAACAUUUCCAUUUCUAGUUUUAAUUUAUGCUGAUUUGGGGAAGUCUUCCUUCCUUUACAUUGUCAUCUAUCUUUCUACUCUGGACUUACUGUUCCUGCUAGCACUUUAAGUUUCAAGCCUAUAUCCAUAUUCUAUUAUUAAACACUUAGAAGAUAAUGCGAUUCCUAUGUGUUGUGUAGUAGAUUCUUUUUACUUCAUAAUGACCUUGUGAGCUCCAAUUGUAUUUCACAUAGUGGUUCUUGGUGAAACAUCUGAUAGAGAAAUUUAAUGUAUUGUUAUUUUACAUAGCUAACAUGGGACAAAAGGUACACUUGUAUCUUCAGAUAAAGAACUGAAUUCCUGUAGUGUGCUGUGUACUCCACUGGGACAUUUUAGUUCAUUAAUUUUCCAUAUGUCCAAUCUGUUUCAUUAUUUCUAUUGUGCAGGGAGCUCAGUUAUCAUGAACUCACCAAGAGUGGUGUUCCCUACAACCGCAUCUUCUUGGGCUGGCUUAGGAAGUUCUGGGAAAUAAAGGAAGAAAAGUAAGAAAAGUCAAGAGUAAAAGAUGAGAAAGUACAAUAUGAAGACCAAGUAUUUUUGAAUAUAUUCAGAUACAAUUUGUAUAAUAUUACACUGUGUCAACAUUUUCAGGGAUUUUGUUUUUGGAUAUGGUGCUAUGUGAGCAUCUAUAUAAUCUUGCAAGGUAAUAUUUAUGAAGUCAUUUAAAAUAUUUUUUUAAAGAGAAUAAAACCAAGCAAAAUAAAACAGAAUAAAGCCAAUCAAAACAAAGCAGUGUAAGUGACACAGGACUUCAAAGCAAUAUGAAAUCAGCAAUGGUUUCUAUAAUGUCUCUUGUCUUCAAAAUAGCUGCAGAUACGUUCAGACAGUAAAAUCAAACAAAACAACAGAAUAGAACCACUAAAAACAAAAUAAUGAAUGCAGUAAAGGAUUUCAAAACAAGUCAAUAGCAAAUCCAAAAUGGCUACCAUAAUAUACCUUGUUAUCUUUAAAUUAGCUUCCCAUGCCAUUAGAUAUAUAACAAAAUAAAAAAUGACAGAAUAAAACUGAACCCAACAAAACAAUGAAAAUGAUGCACAACUUCUAAACAAGAUAACAGCAAAUUAACAGUAACUAUCACCUUCAGAAGUAAAUCCUUCAUGGAUGGCCAGAUGUCUGGCUGUAUAGAAUUUGUUCUGGCUGUGUGAAGAAUACUGCCUGAGAAACACAGGUUUUUGUGGAGACCUCGUAAGGUUGUCGAGUGUGCUGGGCACAGCUUGAACUCUGAUGAGUUGCCAGAUUUGGGAUGGAUGUGGGAUGAAGUAUGGACAAUGUAAAUUGUUACACAUAAAGAGAGAUAAAUAUACUUCUUCCAACAAAUGUGUACUGUAGUUUUUUCUAUGCCUAGAGCAAGGUUUAGCUCUGGAAACAGGAACUAUGUCUCUCAUCCUUUCCCUGAAUUCUGACACUAUCUCAGUUUAUAGUCUGUAUUCACACAUAUGCUUGUGAAGAUCCAAACUGUUAGAUCUUACACUAGUCUGAUUUGUGUUCCAGUCUAACCUUUUACCGUACUUGGCCAAAGGGAUAUCCUGAUAGCGUACCCUGUUGUUCCUUUUUUAUUUGUGGAAUGAAUCACAGGGCUCAGGACAACAGUUAAUUUAUGUGUAUUUCAGAAUAUGGUAGAAGGAAAGAGUGAAUUUUGAGUAUUUCUUUCUGGAGAUCUCAAAAUCUUUAUGCAUCUAAGUAUUAACCAACCUUGAAGUUGUGCUUAAAACUUUAGGUUAGGAAUUUCAAAGAAGACUUUGGUGCAUACAAAUUUAAUUAACUCUUUGUUUUCGAUUAACUCAUUGUCAGUUGCCUUUUCCUUUUUCACAGAUCCUGUGGGAAGAUUCAGUAUUUCAACCCACUGGGUAGCAAUAACAAAAUUGCUUCUACAAUUUUACCUUUUAAACAUUAUGUUGUCUUUGAGUAUGUCAGUUAUAUGCUGUGCAGUUUACCCAGUCUCUGAGCUUAUUAUUAACAUACAAAACACAGAAUUUGCUCUGAGAGAUCCCACACAUUUUAGAAGCUCUUGGAUCAGACUAUAGCCCCCCUGUAAAAACCUAUAUAUGUUACCCUAGUUUCUGUAGCUUGAGGGCCAUGAAGAAAAGUCACAAUUAAUACACUAGUAUCCUCCUAAAUUGUCACCGUAUGUCCUACAACACAGCUUGAAAUGAGUAACUUUAAGAAAGUGAACAAACCUCAGAAUGAUUGAAUCUUUGCCAAGUUGCACUUUUUGAAAAAGAGAGGAAAUUCUAAAAUGCUAAGGAUUUUUAAAAGACAUGACUAGAUGAGUCAAUUGAAGUGUGAGGGAGUCAAGAAAUAGUUUUUAUUUUAUUUAGUUUUUUAUUAGCUAGGUUUAUUGGUUAGGUAUACACAAUGAUCACAUUUAUCAUAGAAAAAUUUUUGUCUGUACAUGAUAUAUUUUCAUUUUUCCCCAUUCUCUUAUCCUCCCUUCAACCCCACUUACUCUUGCUGUUUAGAAAAGCUUAGUUUUCAUCCUUUUUUGUUUUUUGCUUUUCCCUUCUAUGCUUCCCCCUCCUCUCUACCUAAUUCUUUGAACAUUUUUUCCUAUUUUACAAUAUGUGAUACACAUUUUGAUCCUUAUUUACUUCUAAAGGAAAAUGCAUUAUUUACAUAUGUGUCUCCAAUGUAUUUUAUUUAAUAGUAUGGUGUGAAGGUGCAUCCAUUUACCUAGAAAUAUCUCAAGACUAUCUUUCUUUGUGGCUAAGUAAUACUCCAUUGGAUAGAAAAACCACUUGUUUUUUAUCUAUCUAUUGAUGGCCAUUUGGGUUGUUACGUGUAUUUAGUUAGACAUUUUAAACUGCUGCUACCAAUAUACAAGUGGAUAUAUUACUGUGGUAUGAUCAUGAUAAAUACUUUAAUACUUUUGGAAAUAUAGCAAGAAGAGGAAUAGCUAGGUCCAGUGGUAAUCUCUUGUCAUAGUUUUUUGAGGACUAAUUACUGAUUCCCUCACAGCUUUUGCCAGUGUACAUGCUAACCAGCUGUGGAAAAGGGUUCCUGUCUGCCUACAGCCCCCCAGCAUUUGUUAUUGGUUGAUUUCCUGAUAAUAGCCAUUCUUUCUGAAAUGAGAAGUAAUCUCAGCUUGUUUUAAUAUGUAUCUCUUGAAUGGCCAGUGGUGUUGAACAUUUUUCCUAUAUUCAUUUUCUAUUUCUACUUCUUCACCUGAGAAGUGUCUCUUCCUUUCAGAUACCUACUUUUAGAUGUGUCUUUCAUUUAUGGCAUCUGAUAUUUUUGAGUUUUUUAUAUAGUCUAAAUAAUAGUCAUUUACCUGGGUAACAGCUUGCAAACAUUUUUUUCCCACACUCUGUUAUGACUCUACACUACAUUGAUGAUUUCUCUUACUGUGCAAAAGCUUUGUAAUAAGAUGAUAUCUCACUUUUUUUGAGUACAAAUUCCUGUGCAGUUGGGGUUUUAUUCAUACAGCUUUGCCUUUCAAUGUCUUCAAAUGUUCUACCUGUUUUCUCCUUGGUAGGUUUAGUUUUUCUGUUUUUCUAAAUAGAUUUGUGAGACAUUUCAGUUUUAAUUUUGUGUAUGGUGAAAGAUAUAGGUAUAGUUUUAGCACAUAGCAUGUGGAAAACCAGUUUUCCCUGCAUCAUUUAUUGAAGAGGAGAUCUUUCUUCUAGUGAAUAUGUUUGCAUCCUUUGCCAAAAGUCAGGUGACUGAGUAUGUCUAGAGUUGUUUCUGCAUCUUGUAAUCUAUUCCAUUGAUCCUUGAGUCUAUUUUUUUCCAGUACCAUGCUGUUUUUUCACAGUAGCUUUGUAAUACAUUUUUAAGUAGGGAAUUGUAACGCCCCUUGCUUUUGUUUGUUUCCUAGAUUUGCCUUGAUAUUCUAGGUUUCUUCUGGUUCCAAAUAAAUUUUAGUAUUGUGUGCUCUAAUUCUGUGACAUAUGCUGUUGGAAUUUUGGUGGAAAUUGCAUUCAAUCUGUGUAACAAUUUUGAGAACAUGGUGUUUUUCACUGUGAUGGCACUUACUACCAAAGAAAAAGGGAUAUCUUUCAUUUCCUGAUAUCCUUCUCAAUCUCCUUCUUGAAAAUACUGUAGUUUUGAAUGUAGAAGUCUUUUACCCUUUUUGUUAGAUUGAUUCCUAGGUAUUCCAGUGUUUUAACUUCAUUGGUGCAUUAAUUUGUGGUUUCCUAAUUCACGUGUUCCUAGGAAUCUGCCCAUUUCUUCCACAUUGCCAUCUUAUUAGAAUACAGGUUCUCCAAGUAGGUAUUGAUGCUAUUGUGAAAGGUGUUGUUUCCCUAAUUUCUCUAUGACUAAGUUUGUUAUUUGUGUACAGAAAGGCUGUUUAAUUUUGAGCAUUCACUUUGUAACUAGCUGUGCUGCUAAAUUUGGUGAUUGAAUAGAGAAGUCUUAUGGUGCAGUUCUUGGAGUUUUUGUAAAGUAUCAUGUCAUUUUCAGAUCAUGAUAAUAUGAUUUCUUCCUUUUCUAUCCUUAUUUUGUUUCUUUCUCUUAUCUAAUUGCUUUGUAUAAUGUUUCUAGAACUGUACUGAACAAGAGUUGUGACAGUGGGCUUCCUUGACUUGUUCCUGAUUUUAGAAUGAAAACUUAGUUUUUAUCCAUUUAGUAUGAUGUUGGCUGUUGGUUUGUCAUAGUUAGUUUUUACCAGAUUGAGAUGAAGACUAUCUUUUCUAAUUUUCUGUAGGGUUUUUAUGAAGAAUUGGUGGUAAACUUUGUCAAAUGGUUUUUCUGCAUCUAUUGAGAUGAUCAUGUGAUUUUGUCUAUUGUUCGGUUUAUAUGGUGUACUACAUUUAUUCCUUUGUAUAUGUUGAACCAUCCCUACGUCCGAAGGUUUAUAACAUUCUUGUUGAUUUGGUGUAUUUCGUUUACUAUUUGUGUUCAUUAAGAAGAUUUGCUGUUAGUGGUCUUCUUUGAUUGGAUCCUUCUCUGAUUUUCAUAUCAGGGUAAUGCUUGCUUUCAGUGAUAAAUUUUGGAGUAUUGUUUCCUUUUAAAGUUCAUUAAAGCAAUUGAGAAGCAGUGGCAUUAGAUCUUCUCUAAACUUCUUGUAGAAUUCAGCAGUGAAAUUGUCAGAAUCUGUACUUUUCUUUGUUGGUAGUUUUUUUAGGGGGAGUGUACUAGGAAUCGAACUCAUUACCUUGUGCUUGCCAAGCAGGCACUGAGCUGUAUCUUCAGCCCCCCUUGUUUUUUUUUUUUUUUCUUUUUUAUCGGUACCGGGGAUUGAACUCACGACUGUCUGCUUGCAAGGCAGGUGCUUAUGCUGCUGAGCUAAAUCCCCAGCCCCUAGCCCCCCCUUGUUGAUAAUUUGUUAAUUAUAUAUUUUAUUUCAUUUACUGAUAUUGGGUUAUUUAUAAUUUUUAUAUCUUGAUUUAGCUUUAGUAAUUCAUAUGCUUGUAUGAAUCUUCUCUUUUCUCUGGCAUUUUCAGUCUUACAGGUUCUCAAAGUAGAAGUGUCAACUUGAGAAGUUUAGAAGUUUAAGUGACUCUGCAGGGGAUCUGGGUCCUCAGUUUGUAAAAAUCUUCAUUCUGUGGGAGAGUAGUGCUACACCCUCCUGAGGGUGGGUAACCUGAAUACAGUGUAAGGGAGGAAAAGAGGCUUGCUUUUCCCCCACUUUUGCUCUUGUUGUUUUUACCAUCUUUUGCCACCUUGAAUGGUUGCACCUCAGCCAUACCACCUGUGGAGCCGACUGAUUAAGUACUGAAAUCUCCACAGACUAUGAGUUAAGUAAACCUUUCCUUCCUUAACUUUGGGUGUCAGAUAUUUGGUCCUAGCAACGAGAGAAAAGUGACCAAGACAGUAGGUAUUGAUGAUCUUCUGAGUUUUCACAGAAUCUGUUGGAAUUUCACCCAUUUCAUUCCUAAAUGUAUGGAUUUGAGUCUUUUCUCAUAUUUUUUGGUAAGGUUGGGUAAGGGUUUGUUCUUCAGUCAAGGAACCAAGUGUUUAUUCAUUGAUUCUUUGUAUUUUCUUUGUUUCUGUUGCAUUAAUUUGUGCUGAUCUUUACAAUAUCCUCUCUUGUGUGAGGUUUGAACUUUACCUGCUCUUCUUUUUCUAGACGUUUGAGAUUAAACACUAUUAGGCUAUUUAUUUGAGCUUUUUUUUCUUCCCCAUAUCGGGGAAUUUACCACUGUAUUCUUCCCUCAAAAGACAGAUUUCAUCGUCUUCUUUAAGUCCCAGCAUGUUAUACCAGGAUUAUUAUUUAAUUGUAGAAAAAUUUUAAUUCCUUGUUUUAUUCCACAUGUGAUCUAAUGUUUUUUCAGGAGGGUUAUAUUUCGUUUUCAUUCAUUUUUGAUAUUUUUGUGGUUUCUUUGCCAUUGAUUUUCAGUUUCAUUUCACUAUGUUAUGAUAAUAUGUAUGAGGAUAACUUAAUUCUUUUACAUUUACUUAAGCUUGUUCUGUGAGCUAGUUGUCUGUUUUGGAGUAUGUCCAUGUGCAGCUGAGAAGAAUGUAUAUUCUGAUCUUGUGGUGUGGAACAUUGCAUGCAUCUACUAAGUCCAUUUGUUCAAAAGUUUGAGAGGUCUUUCAUUGUUGUUUUUUUUUUUUUGUCUAGUUCAUUUGUUUAUAACAGUGAUAUAACGAUGUGUCCCCUGUCACAAUUUUUUGUUUUGUCUUUUUGAGACAGGAUCUCACUAUGCAGUUAAAGCUGGCCUUGAGCUCACCAAGUAGCCAGGCUUAUUUUGAAUUUACAACAAUCCUCGUGCCUUAGCCUCCUGAGUACUGGAAUUACAGGCAUGUGUUCCCAUACCUGGUAAAUGGUAUUAUUGAUUAUUAGAUUGUUUAUGUCUCUUAAUGUAUGUGUUACAUAGUCAUGUGCACCGGUACUUGGAACAUAUAUAUGUAUCAUUGUUAUCUCUUCAUCUUUAGUUGUUUCAUUUACAAGGAUGUAGUAUCCUUUGUCUGUUUUAAUCCUUCUUAGGUUGAAACCCAUUUUGUCUACAAAUAGAAUAGCUACCCCUCUUUUCGUGGGUUCCUGUUUUAUGGAAUAUUGACUUUGAGUCUGUGAAUUUCUUUUUGAAUUUAGACGUUUCUUACAUGCAGCAUGUUAUUGGAUACUGCUUUUUAAUACAUUCUGUUAGUCUGUUUCUUUUGAUUGGUAAAUUGAGAUAAUUGAAAGUUAUCACCAUUAAUUAUCACCACAGUGAUAAUUUUUAUCACCAUUAAGAUUGAUGGUGAUAACUGAUGUACAUUGACUUAUCCUUGCCAUGUUAUUUUCCUGUUGCUGGCUCCCAUUUUUUCUCCUUUGUUUAACUGUUUGCAUUGCCUGGUGGAUUCAUUUUGUUGGAAUUCAUGGAGUUGUAAUCCUUGUUAUCUGUUUCAAAUGUCCUUUAGAACAUUUUGGAGUGCAGGAUGGUUGUUUAUGAAUUAUUUUCAGGUGUUCUUUGUCACAAAAAUGUUUUAUUUUUCCAUCAAUUUUGAAAUAAAUUUGUGUGGUGCAUCAAUCUUGGGGUGAAGGCUUUUUUUUCGGGGGGGGGGUUUUAAAUAUUUGACUCCAUGGUCUUCUUGAUUUGAGGAUUUGCAUUUAGAUUUUGGUGGACAUUCCUUUGUAUGUGAUUUGUUUCUCAUUUCUAACAUUUAAUGAAUAUUCUGUUGAAUUUGUGGUAUCCUGACUACUAUAUGCCUUGGUGUAUUUUUUUUCAUGAUGGCUAAUUAUAUUUCUGUAUGCCUCAUUUAUUUGUAUGUCAAAAUCCUUUUCCCUGCUUGGGAUGUUUUCUUCUUUGACUUCUGUGAACAUAUUUUUUAAAGAAAUGUCAUUGGUGCUAUCUCCUUUUUCAUCCUACCUCUUGACUUUAUGGGGCUGAGAAGUUGCUGCCUACUUGUCCCACAUCUGGUUCUUUGACACUGAUCUAGAGCAGUUUAUUAAGACCCUUAGGUAAUCUCAAUCUUGGUAUGCCGGGAAAAAAAAUGGUUCAAUCAUUAAUAAAAAUAGCAUUAAACAGCCUAGAAAAUGACAAACAGAGGCAAGAGUUAGUUUGCCAGCUUUAAACAUAUGGACUACAUAUAUUGUUAUAUAACAGAUUCUACAAAGAACCAGAAAAUUGUAUGCAUUAAGUAAGCCCUUAAUAUAUUGAUUUUACCCUGUAGGGGUAAACAUUUAAGAGGGGUUAUGGGGGAAAAUAGAAUGAAAUUUCAAAUAAGGCUAGAGGACACUGCAAACUUUGGGAAAAUAACAAGACAGGAGAGAGAGAGAGAAGGAAGAAACAAAAACAAGAAAAGAACAAUAAAAAAGAUCCUAAAUAAUUCAAAAUUAGUCAGUGAAAUCAAAGAUGUAAUUAAAAACCUACCAACACAGAAAAACUUGGCCCUGAUGGAUUCACUGCUGAAUUUCAUAAGAAAUAUAGAGAACAAUUAAUACUACUAAUUCUCAAACCCUUUAGUGAAGUUGAAAGAAAAGCAAUACUCCUAAAUUCAUUCUUGGAAGCAAGCCUCACCUGAUACCAAGGCAAGAGUAAGACCUAACCAAGAAAGAGAACUACAGCCCAGUUUCCCUAAUGAACAUAGAUAGAAAAAUCCUCAAUAAGAUACUGGCAAACAGAAUGCUGCAAAUCAUCAAGAACAUCAAACAUCAUAACCAAUUUGGAUUCAUUGCAGAAAUGUAGGAAUGGUUCUAUAUACGUUAACCAGUAAAUGUAAUAUACUGUACACACAGAGCCAAGGACAAAAUCCAUAUGAUCAUCUCAAUAGAUGUAGAAAAAGCUUUUCAUAAAGAUCAGCACUCAUUCAUCUAAAAACACUUCACAAAAUUGGAAUAGAUGGUCUUUAUCUCAAUCCAGUAAAAGUCAUCUGUGAGAAACCAACAGCCACUGUCAUCUAAAUGUACAAAAAUUAAAAGUUUUCACUCCAUAAUCAGGAAAAAGAAAAGGAUUUCCACUAUCACCACUCUUAUUCAGUAUAGUCCUGGAAACUUUAGCCAGAGCAGCCACCCAAGAGAAAAAAAGAAAAUAACAAUAGAAAAGGAUAUCACUGAUGACAAGAUACUCUACAUAGACCCCAAAAAUUCAACCAAAAGACUUCUAGAUUUAAUAAAUUCAAUAGUGUAGCUGAAUACAAAGUCAACAUUCAAAAAUAAAUAGCUUUACUGUACAAGAAUAACCAAUUUACUGAGAGAGAAAUUAGGAAACGACAUCAUUCACAGUAGCAUCAAGAAAAAUGAAUGUCAAGGAAUCAGUCUAAAAAAGGAAGUAGAAUAUGUCAGUGAAAACUAUAGUACUCUGAGAAAGGAAGAUGAAGAUACCAGAAAAUGGAAAGAAAUCCCUUGCUCUUGGGUAGGAAGAACUAAUAUAGUAAAAAUGACCCUAUUUCCAAAACUUACGCAGGUUUUGCAGGAACUAAUGCAAUUCAGUUCAAAAUUCCAACAACAUAUCUCUUAGAAUUAGAGAAAACAAUCCUAAAAUUCAUUUGCAAUCAGAAAAGAGCUAGAAUACAAAACUCAUUUCUGGCCAACAAAGACAUGGCAGGAGGCAUCACAAUCUGAGACUUGAAAUUAUACUACAAAGCUUGUGUGAUUAAAAACAGCAUGACACUUAAAAUAAAUCAGACCUGAGUAUCAGUGGGACACAUUAGAAGAUGCAAACUCCAGUCAUACUUAGCCACUUUAUCUUUGACAAAAGUUCCAAACAUAUUCAAAGAUAGCAUGUUUAAUAUACGGUUCUAGAAAAGCUGGCUUCACAAAUUUUGAAGACUAAAAUUGGACCCAUCUCUUUCACUGUGCUCAAAACUGGAGUCAGAGAUCUGAAUAUUAAAAGAGAAAUAUUAAAUCAACUGCAAGAUAGAAUAGGUACGAAUCUUGAAGUCAUUGGUGUGGGCACACACUUAAUGAACAAUAUACCGAUUGCAGAACAGUCACAAAAAACAAUUGGAAUGUCAUUUUAUUAAAAAGCUUUUGCACAGCAAGAGAGACCAAUGGAGUAAAGAGAGAUACCAUAGUGUGAAAAAAUAUUUUUGUGAGCUAUUCCUCAGAUGAAGGAUUACAGCAGAGAACAUAUAAAGAACUAAAAAAAGUAAAAAAAAAUCAAGCUUCCGAAUUAAAACCCAAUCCAAAGAUGUGAUCUGAGAUGAAUACAUGCUUGUCUGAUGAAGAAUUAAAAACAGCAAAUAAAUAUAGAAAAAUGUUCCCCAUCACUGGUCAUUUGAGAGAUGCUCAUUGAAAUAAUUCUGAGACACCAUCUCACCCUAGAAAUAAUGACUGAUACCAUCAACUCAACCAGUAAAUAUGCUAUCAGGGAUAUGAGGGAAAGGCACCCUUCUUCAUUAUUGGUGGGUAUAUAGCCUGGUGGAACCCCUGUGGAAAUCAUUGUGGAGACUGCUUUAAAAACUAGGACCAGAGGUCUCAUUUGACCCAGCUAUUUCCCUUUUGCGUGUCUUCCUGAAAGAAUGAAAAGCAUCAGAAGCGGCUACUCCAGACCCAGCCAUGUUGGGAUUUAGGCAGCUGCACAAGAAGGCAAUUUGCCCUUCCUCUUGGAGCCCGUGACUUUGGAGGAUGUAGCUAUAAACUUCACCAUAGAGGAAUGGGCUUUGUUGAAUCCAUCCCAAAAGAAGUUCUACAGAGAUGUGAUGUGGGAAACAUUUGUAAAUAUGACUGCUGUAGGAAAUACCUGGAGAAAUCAGCAACAUGAAGAAGAAUACAAAUAUUUCCCAAGAAAUCUAAGAAAUGAAGAGGUAGCAAAAUGGUAUGAACAUAAACCUUGUAAUCAAUAUGAAAAUGUAUUCCUUUGGGCUUCAUUUGUUAAUAUGGACAUGCAGCAAGCUGCUUUCAACCAAGUUGAAAACUUUGCUUGUAGAGAGCCCCCAAUUGGGCAUUUAUCACAAAAUGAACCCAUUUUACCUCACAUUGACAUGAAGCCAGAUGAGUUUUUGGGAUUUGAUGACAAGCUCUUUGAAUUUGGUGAAUGUGGAAAAACCUGCAGUGAUCUCCAGUCCUUUGUGAAUCAUGCAAGGACAAAGACUGGAAAUAUUCUUUAUCAAUAUGAGCAAAAUGGGAAAUCCUGCUCUGAAAGUAAUAUAACAAGUUGCUUUGGAGAUAAGACCAUUGUGGGUAAGAAAAGUAUGAAAGCUUUGAGGAUUCACAGUGAUAUUCAAAUUUAUGAAAGUAUUCACACUGGGAAGAAACUAUGUAUGUGCAAGCAAUUUGGAAAAAGUUUUAAUUCUCAAAGUUUUUGUAAAAUUCAUGAAAGUUUUCACAUGGAGGAGAAACCCUAUGUAUGUAAGCAAUGUGGGAAAGCAUUCAACACAUACAAAAACUGUCAAAGACAUAGAAGAAUUCACACUGCAGAGAAACCAUAUGUAUGUAAGCAAUGUGGAAAAGCAUUCAGUACUCACAGUUAUUGCCAAAGACAUAAAAGAACCCACACUGGAGAGAAACCAUAUGUGUGCAAGGAAUGUGGGAAGGCAUUCACUGCAUACCAGUACUGUCAAAUACAUGAAAGAAAUCACAGUGGAGUGAAACCUUAUAUGUGUAAACAAUGUGGGAAGGCAUUCACUAUGCAGAAUACUUGUAAAAUGCAUGAAAGAAUUCACACUGGUGAGAAACCUUUUGUGUGCAAGGAAUGUGGAAAAUCAUUCACUAGAAAGUAUUCUUAUAAAAUACAUGAAAGAAUUCACACUGGUGAGAAACCUUAUGUGUGCAAGCAAUGUGGAAAAGCAUUCACUACCAAGGGUUCUUAUAACAUACAUGAAAGAUUUCAUACUGGAGACAAACCUUAUGUGUGCAAAUACUGUGCGAAGGCAUUCACUUCACAUAGUGUGCAUCAAAGACAUGAAAGAAUUCACAGUGGGCUGAAACCUUAUAUGUGUAAACAAUGUGGGAAGGCAUUCAUUACAUACAGAGAUCAUCAAAUACAUGAAAGAAUUCAUACUGGGGAGAAACCUUUUAUGUGUAAGCAAUGUGGAAAAGCAUUUACUACAAAAAGUUAUUUCAAAAUACAUGAAAAAAGUCACACAGGAGAGAAACCUUAUGUGUGCAAGCAAUGUGGAAAAGCAUUCACUACCAAAGGUUCUUAUAACAUACAUGAAAGAUUUCAUACUGGAGAGAAACCUUACGUGUGCAAGUACUGUGCAAAGGCAUUCACUUCCUAUAGUGUUCAUCAAAGACAUGAAAGAACUCACAGUGGAGAAAAACCUUAUGUCUGUAAACAGUGUGGGAAGGCAUUCACUGCAUACAGAGACCAUCAAAGACAUGAAAAAAUUCAUAAUGGGAAGAAACCUUUUAUGUGCAAGCAAUGUGGAAAAGCAUUUACUACAAAAAGUUACUUCAAAAUACAUGAAAAAAGUCACACAGGUGAGAAACCUUACGUGUGCAAGGAAUGUGGGAAGGCAUUCACUGCAUACCGGUACUGUCAAAUACAUGAAAGAAAUCACAGUGGGGUGAAGCCUUAUAUGUGUAAACAAUGUGGGAAGGCAUUCACUAUGCAGAAUACUUGUAAAAUGCAUGAAAGAAUUCACACUGGGGAGAAACCUUUUGUGUGCAAGGAAUGUGGAAAAUCAUUCACUAGAAAGUAUUCCUAUAAAAUACAUGAAAAAAGUCACACUGGUGAGAAACCGUAUGUGUGCAAACAAUGUGGGAAGGCAUUCAUUACCAAGGGUUCUUAUGACAUACAUGAGAGAUUUCAUACUGGAGAGAAACCUUAUGUGUGCAAAUACUGUGCGAAGGCAUUCACUUCACGUAGUGUGCAUCAAAGACAUGAAAGAAUUCACAGUGGGAUGAGACCUUAUAUGUGUAAACAAUGUGGGAAGGCAUUCACUACAUACAGAGACCAUCAAAGACAUGAAAGAAUUCAUACUGGGGAGAAACCUUUUAUGUGUAAGCAAUGUGGAAAAGCAUUUACUACAAAAAGUUAUUUCAAAAUACAUGAAAAAAGUCACACAGGAGAGAAACCUUAUGUGUGCAAGCAAUGUGGGAAGGCAUUUCUUACUCACCAAUCUUGUCAAAUACAUGAAAGAACUCACACUGGGGAGAAACCUUAUUUGUGUGAUAAAUGUGGAAAAGCGUUCGCCAGAAAGAGUUCUUAUAACGUACAUGAAAAAUGUCACUCAGGAGAGAAACCUUAUAUGUGCAAGCAAUGUGGGAAGGCAUUCACUACACACAGGUACUGUCAAAUACAUGAAAGAACUCAUACAGGUUAGAAUCUAGCAUGUCAGCCAUGUGGAAAAAGAUUUGCUGGUCUCUCUCUCUCUCUCUCUCUCUCUCUCUCUUUCUCUCUCUCCCUCUCUGUCUCUUUCUUUCUCUGGCCCCCUCUAUAAGUAAGUCUCAGUCUCUCUCUCUGUCUCUGUCUCUCUCUCUCUGUCUCUCUCUCUCUCUCUCUCUCUCUCUCUCUCUCUCUCUCUCUCUCUCUCUCUCAGUAGGGACCCUGGGUAGGAACCUGUUGUAUAUAAGCAAUGUGGUAAAAGUACUUAAUGAAUAGUUUUUAUCAGCUACAUGAAAUGAAUUACACUGGUGAGAAACCCUAUAUACUUAAGUUUUUUUGAAAAUUGCUCAUAUAUUGGUGACGUGCAAAUGAAAUGAAAAAUUAUAUGCCGUCAUUUCUUCACAAAUUUUGCAGAAAAUACACUCCUGGACGGAGAAUCCUAGAAUAUAUUCCUUCUAUGUUUUUCAGUAAAUCACUUGUAAAUGUCUCAACUAAGUAUCUGUAGUCUUUACUAUAAAAAAUAUUGACAUGUAUAUUUUAUUUUUUGACAUAAUAUAUUUUUGAUUAAGCCAUUAUCUUCUAACUUAAUAUGUAGUAUCUGAUUAAACAAGGGAAAUUGAAAUGUAUUUCUCACUUCUAAGUAGGAUUAUUGUUUGCAUAGUUUUGAUUUUGACUUGUUUUUACUAUUGGAAAGUAUAGGUCAUUAAAAAAUAAAUUUUUUUAAUUGAUGAGAUUUCCCACCAGUUUUGAUUUUAAUUUUUUUGGUAUAUAUGCUUCAUAUUCUUUGCAAAAAGUUUUUUUUCAAUUUCAAGUUACAGUAUGUGUGUAUAUGUAUGUGUAUUUAGGAAAAUGUGAAAUGGGGUUUUUAAAAGUUGAAUUGUUUUCACACUACAUGGAUUUGCAAAUGGUUGGCUUUUCAUAUCAUAACAGUACAGCUGAAUAUAUCCCAGCAUAAUUAUAUCAAGUAUAAAAUUUCAUCUAGUUUGCUUUCAAGUCACUGUCAGUAUUGGAAUUUACAUAAAAUUUUGUUUUCUUUC